AUGGCCGCCGUACCGCUCGGAGCGUCGGUCGCCGAGGCCCAGGGCCAUGGCGACUUUAUGAUCAAGCCGGACAGCACCGGCCCUCAGCUCAACACGGCAGACUGGCCCCUCCUGCUCAAGAACUACGACAAGCUGCUGGUGCGCAGCAGCCACUUUACCCCGAUCCCCCACGGCUGCUCGCCGCUCAAGCGCGACCUGCAGAGCUACAUCAAGUCGGGCGUCAUCAACCUCGACAAGCCCUCGAAUCCGUCGUCGCACGAGGUCGUCGCCUGGAUGCGCCGCAUCCUGCGCGUCGAAAAGACCGGCCACAGCGGCACCCUCGACCCCAAGGUCACGGGCUGCCUGAUUGUCUGCAUCGACCGCGCCACCCGCCUGGUCAAGUCGCAGCAGGGCGCCGGAAAGGAGUACGUCGCCGUCCUCCGCCUCCACGACAAGCUCGCCGACGCAAAGAAGCUGCCGCGCGCCCUCGAGACCCUCACGGGCUCCCUCUUCCAGCGCCCGCCGCUCAUCUCGGCCGUCAAGCGCCAGCUGCGUAUCCGUACCAUCUACGAGUCGAAGCUGCUCGAGUUCGACAACGACCGCCAUCUCGCCGUCUUCUGGGUCAGCUGCGAGGCCGGCACCUAUAUCCGUACGCUCUGCGUCCACCUCGGCCUGCUGCUCGGCGUCGGCGGCCACAUGCAGGAGCUGCGCCGCGUGCGCAGCGGUGCCCUCAGCGAGAACGACAACAUUGUCACGAUGCACGACGUGCUCGACGCCCAGUGGCUCUACGACAACCAGCGCGACGAGUCGUACCUGCGCCGCGUCGUGCGGCCGCUCGAGUCGCUGCUCGUCGGCUACAAGCGCAUCGUGGUCAAGGACAGCGCCGUCAACGCCGUGUGCUACGGCGCCAAGCUCAUGAUCCCCGGUCUGCUGCGCUACGAGAAGGACAUUGAGCUCAACGAGGAGGUGGUGCUGAUGACGACCAAGGGCGAGGCCAUCGCGCUCGCCAUUGCCCAGAUGACGACCGUCGAGCUCUCGACGUGCGACCACGGCGUCGUGGCGCGCGUCAAGCGCUGCAUCAUGGAGCGCGACACCUACCCGCGCCGGUGGGGCCUGGGCCCCAAGGCGCAGGAGAAGAAGAAGAUGAUCAAGGACGGCAAGCUCGACAAGCACGGCAAGGCCAUCGACGGCGUCACGCCAGACAAGUGGAAGAAGGACUACGUCGACUACGCGGGCCAGCCGCCCGCGCAGGCCGCCGCCUCGACGGGCGACGUUGCCGUUGUCGCUGCUGCUGCCGCCGGUGCCGCUGCCGGUGCCGCCACCACCGCUGCCGCCGCCGAGAUGCCCUCGACGCCAGCCAAGGACGAGAGCAGCAAGAAGAAGCGCAAGGCCGAGGAGACGCCCGGCGGCGCCGACGACGGCGAGACGGAAGAGGAGCGGAAGAGAAGGAAAAAAGAGAAGAAGGAGAAGAAGGCAAGAGAGGCGGCGGCGGCGGGCGAGUCGGCGCCGGCCGAGACGCCCAAGUCGGAGAAGAAGAAGAAGGACAAGAAGGACAAGUAA